UCCAUCGGCAUACACAGGAUAAGUACAGUUCAACCGGCACCGCGCUAGUCCGGCACUCCAGCCUCGGCCUGUGCUGCCAGCAGCCAGUAUCACCCGCCACAGCUUCGUUAUUCAGUUCAGCUUCCACCAGUUGGGUGGUGUGCUGCUGUCUCGUGAUCAUGGCGGCCGGUGGUCUGUUGGGCACGGCGGCGGUGGCCGUGGUCGUUUCGGUGGCGGUCCACGUCGCGCUCAACUGCCCCAUCCAGCCGGUCCCGUCGCCGCCGCCGCCCGCCAAGCGCUACCCGCCUAAUAACCUCCUCCAGGGGCUGGAGAAGCUGGGGGAAGGGCGGCUAAGCGCGCCGGAGGACGUGUACGUGGACGCGGCGGCGGGCGGGGCGCUGUACACGGCGACGAGGGACGGGUGGCUGCAGAGGAUGCACCCCAACGGGACGUGGGAGCGCUGGCGGUUCGUCGGCGGCACGGGCCUGCUCGGCAUCGCGCCCUCCGCCGACGGCACCAUGCUCGUCUGCGACGCCGACAAGGGAUUGCUGCGAGUUGAAGAGGGCCGCGUGACCAUUCUCGCCUCCACGGUGGAAGGCUCCACGAUCAGGUUCGCCGACGAGGCGGUCGAGGCAUCCGACGGCACGGUCUACUUCAGCGACGCCAGCACCAGGUUCGGCUUCGACCGGUGGUUCCUCGCCUACGUCGAGUCCCGCCCCACCGGCCGCCUCCUCAAGUACGACCCGCGCACCGGCAAGGCCUCCGUCGCGCUCGACAACCUCGCCUUCGCCAACGGCGUCGCCCUGUCGCAGGACGAGGCCUUCGUCGUCGUCUGCGAAACAGGCAGGUUCAGAUGCACGAAGCUGUGGCUGAAGGGGGACAAGGCUGGUCAUGCCGAGACGUUCGUCAACGACCUUCCGGGGUCUCCGGAUAACAUCCAACUAGCGCCAGACGGCUCCUUCUGGAUCGCCCUUAUCCAGAGGUCGCCGUGGCUCGACCUGGUCAUGCGCUGGACGCUGACGAAGAGGGUCGUCGCCUCGUUCCCGGCGCUGCUCGACGCGAUCCACGCCGCCGGGAAGGGAGCGAUGGUGGCGCAGGUAUCGGAGGACGGCGAGGUCCUCCGCGUGCUCGACGACACCCAAGGGAAGGUUAUCAACUUCAUCACCUCCGUGACGGAGUUCAACGGAGACCUCUUCUUCGGAAGCCUCGCGACCAACUUCGUGGGCAAGCUGUCUCUGGCCAAGGUGGCACAGGCACAGGGCCAGGCAGCAGUUUCUUCCUAGUUCCUACUUCCUAGACAGUUAGUUUCAUCAUCCGUCUCCAUGGGAAUAAUAAAGGUAGGCAACCUGUAGAUGACAGAUCCAGCACUGUGUCAUGCACGGCUCCGCCGUAAGCAGUCAGAUAGUACUAUCAGUUAGUAUUAUGGUUUCAGAGUUCAGUGAUUUGUAAAAACUCGAAUGACCGACCACCGACGGAUGAGCUCAAGCAGGUGUGUUUUGACUUUUGUGGCUACCUGGUUGAAAUGGGAUCACACGCUAAAACGCUA